GAAAUAAUUUUGCUCAUCAGCUGUUCUGUCUGUUUGACAUUUAAGACAAAACUUAAAAUAACUUGACGUUGACCGGUACCUAUCUAUACUUUAGUUCUUAUCAGCAAAGUGUACCUUUGUAAAUUUAAAUUUGCUUAUCUAGAUGACGUAAUUAAAGUGCUCAAUGAGUGCCGAAUGAAAUGAAUUAAAAUAUUUAAUCAGUUUAGUGCAAAUAUCGUGCGUUGAACAGCCGUAUUUUGUUAGUGAAGUGAGACCGCACCGGAAGGCAAUCGUAUUUCGCAAGGUGUUUCGGUCGCUGAAAGUUCGUAAUAAAUUUCAUAACAGCUAAAACUGUUGUCAAUAUGGUAAAAGCAGUAGCAAUAAUUACUGCUAGUGAUACUUGUUUCAAAGACCACUCCAAAGAUGCAUCAGGACAGGCUCUUGCUGAACUUGCUCAGAAGCUGUACCCUGAGGCCAACAUACAUACCCUCAUAAUCCCAGAUGAAAGAGAACUUAUGGAAAGAGAGUUAAAAUAUUACUGUGAUUCUAAUGUGGAUUUAGUAUUAACAACUGGAGGGACAGGGCUUGCUUAUAGAGAUGUCACACCCGAGGCUACAAAGGCUGUUAUCCAAAAAGAAGUGCCAGCAAUAACAAUAGCUAUGACAAUUGAGAGCCUCAAGAAAACUCCGAUGGCAAUGCUAUCCCGUUCCGUAGCUGGCAUAAGAGAUAAAACCCUAAUAAUAAAUUUUCCUGGAAGCAAGAAAGCUGUUUUAGAAUGUUUUGAAGUAGUCCAACCAAUUCUGUCACACGCUAUGGCAUUACUACAAAAUGAUCUCAAUGAAGUAAGAACAAUUCAUGAUUCAAUGCAAAUUGGUCAUGUGUGUCCACACAGCAGUAAUGUUGAUGUGACCAAAGUAGCAUUUAGGCCGAGAGUAUCUCCAUAUCCAAUGCUGGAAAUGUCUCAAGCAUGGAAAAUAGUUGAUAGCGUGAUGGCAGAAUGGUCUGAGCAUUUUGAGAUAGUAUCACUGGAAGAUGCUAUAGGCAGAGUUGUAGCGCAACCACUAAGUGCGAUGGAGCCUAUGCCCCCAUUUGAUGCUUCUAUAAAAGAUGGUUACGCUUGUAUAAGCAGCGACGGUGCGGGCGUACGCCGAGUACGCACUGCCCUGACGGCAGGCGAUGCGCCCACGUCGCCGCUGCUGCAUGGAGAGUGCGCGCGCAUCAACACUGGCGCCGCUUUGCCCGCGGGUGCUGAUUGCGUCGUACAGGUGGAAGAUACCAAGUUGGUGACUGCAUCUGAAAAUGGGCAGGUAGAGAUUGAGGUGGACAUUUUGGUGGCACCUAAACCACAGCAGGACGUCCGACCGAUUGGAUUCGAUAUACCUAUGGGCACUGUGUUGGUAGAUAAAGGCGACGUAUUAGAUGCGGCACAAAUUGGCAUGGUGGCAGGAGCAGGUUACCAGAAUGUCACAGUGCGCGCGUAUCCAAAGGUAGCGCUAAUGUCGACUGGAAAUGAGCUGCAGGAACCAUCUGAAUUGAAAUUGAAACCUGCACAUAUAAGGGACUCUAAUAGGACCAUGCUCAAGACACUAUUGAGGGAACACGGAUAUGAUAGCAUAGAUUGUGGUAUCGUACGCGAUUCGCCUGAGAAUCUCGUCGCGGCCAUUUCUGAAGCAUUUAAGCGCGCUGACUUCCUCGUCUGCACCGGCGGCGUUUCUAUGGGCGAAAGGGAUUUACUCAAACCGGUGCUGCUAAAGGAUUUUGGUGCUACUUUACACUUCGGUCGAGUGCAUAUGAAGCCUGGAAAGCCAACUACAUUCGCCACGUGUGAAUUCGAAGGAAAAACCAAAUACAUAUUCGCUCUACCUGGCAACCCUGUGUCCGCGUACGUAUGCUGCCUAUUGUUCGUGAUCCGCGCUCUACGCGUGAGCAGUGGUCGCGGCGCCGCGUGGGCAAAGAUGCGCGUGCGACUCGACGGUUGCGUGCCGCUCGACCCGCGACCAGAAUACGCGCGGGCUACUGUUCGUUUCCCGGACGCGGAAGAUAUGCCUGUUGCUACGUUGCUAGGGAACCAGUGUAGCAGCCGGCUAUUAAGCGCGUGCGGUGCAAGCGUACUACUAGAGUUGCCUGCGGCCGGACCGGUCGCCGGACGCAGUCUGCCGUCUGGUAGCCUCGUGCCGGCACUGAUCACCGGACGGUUCGACGCGUUCCGCUCACAGUAGCGAACGAUGAGCACUAAUUGGCGACUGUGAAGUUAGUGCAGUAAACGAAAAUAUGUAAAACAAAGCAGGUGUGCUGAAGUUGUCAUAGGCAGACAAGUACCAUAGACAAAUAAAUUUGCGCAGUAGAAUUUUUUGUAUGUGUAAUUGCUACUGCGCUGUUUUCCUUGUUUAUGGUUGUUGCUCAAGAAUUUUGCCGGGGUGUAUUGUAUACCAUAAAAAUAGAGAGAUUGGAGUGAGUAUUCCUUCACCAGCUGUCAAGUGAAUACGAACGCGAAGAACUGGUCGCCUGAUCGCUUCGUCUGUUUCACUUUCCUGCCCGUUGUUCCCGCGAUAUUGGCCUCCCUUUCUAGGGAGCAUUCAAUUUCAUGCAGGCAAUGCUCAGUCCAUUCUUUGUCUAUUGUUUUUACUGAACUGAACUGAACCACUGUUGCUCUAGCUGCUAAUUUCACAACCGCCAUAAAGUAAGUUUGAAUCGCACUAUAGUUCGACCCGGACAUUGUAGUUAAUUAUAUUAUUAGAUAAGCAUAGAUUGUGAUGUAAAAGUCUCGUUUAAUAUAUAGCUCUAUAGGUCGGUGUUUUUAAGUAGUUAUGUAGUUGUAAAAAUUCAUAGCACUGACUAGUCAUGGCCACAAUUUAACCACAACUGUUGUCAAAACUAUGGUUAAACCAUAUGAGUAAAGAAACAUAGUUAAACUGUCAGGGAUAAGUCCCUGACAGU